UCAUGAGGUGUUUUUUCAUUGGGAACUCAUAGUUUUUCUGUACAAAAAGGUGUUUUAUUCUCCAGAUUUUCGAGUGUUUUGCUCAAGAUUGCUUAUUCUCCAUAUUAAGCAUGCUAGUGUUCAUUAGUUGACAGUAUAGUUGCUUUUAUAGGAUGCUGUUUGCAAAUGGAGUGUGGAAAAAAUGCUGCCUCAAGACAAGAUUUUUCUACUUGAAAAGAAUCCUUGGGUGUUUUCCUCAGAAAUGCUGAUGCCUGUGUACCAGAUUAUAUCCAGGUUUAGGCCUCCUGCUUCCAAAUUAGCUUUCAUCAGGCUGCACUGAGUUGUUUUUCAGAACAUGCAAAACUCUAAAAUCUGAAUGCGUAGCUGCUGUUCUAGAAGUCCGUGAUGAAAUCUUUCAGGUCCCUGUGCAAAACUGGCUUUGGUUCAGAGAUGGAUUCAUUGGAAAGGUCAACAAUUAGAAGUGAGCAAAAAUCCAGAAAAUUCUUAAAAAGCCAUAGAAAGCAGCCUCAGGACCUUCUUCUUGUAAUUGGAACUGGAGUUAGUGCUGCUGUCGCACCAGGAAUCCCUGCGCUGUGCCCCUGGAGAAGCUGCAUCGAGGCUGUAAUUGAAGCAGCUGAACAGUUGGAGGUGCUGCAUCCAGGAGAUGUUGCUGAAUUUCGUAAAAAAGUGAUCAAAGAUAGAGACCUGCUUGUGGUUGCACUUGAUCUCAUCAGGAAAAUGUCACCACGUACUGGGGAUACAAAGCCCAGCUUCUUCCAGGAUUGCUUAAUGGAGGUGUUUGAUAACUUAGAACAACACAUUCAGAACCCUGUUGUUCUGCAAUCAAUCCUGAGACUAAUGGAGAGAGGCACAAUGGUUCUAACUACAAAUUACGACAAUUUACUUGAAAUAUUUGGUCAUCAACAGGGUAAACCUAGAUCUUUGGACUUGAAAGAUAAGGAUAAGGUUCUUCAGUGGGCAAGAGGUCAUAUAAUAGUUCUUCAUAUUCAUGGCUUGUAUACAGAUCCUUGUGGAAUGGUGCUAGAUCCUUCAGGAUAUAAAGAUGUGACUCAAGAUCCUGAAGUCAUGGAAGUUCUUCAAAAUUUGUAUCAAAGCUGUGGAGAGACUCUACGUGAUCAGAUAUUCCAAGCUCUUUUUCUUUAUACUGUGAAGAAUAAGGUAGAUUUAGAACAUUUUAUGUUGGUGCUUAAAGAAAAUGAAGACCACUUCUUUAAGCUCCAGGCAGAUAUGCUUCUGCAUGGAAUAAAAGUAUCUUAUGGGGAGUGCUUUAAACAAUUCCUGGAGUAUGUACAAGAUUUGACUGCUCAAAUGUGCAAGCACAGAAAUCUAGGAAAGCACAUCCAGGCACCAAUGGAGAAGAAACCAGAACAAUUUAAUUCAGUUCAACUUAAGUUAGAACUUCAUGUGUGGACGGUGCUAAAAGGAAAUGAUGAGAAAAUGAUACUGACUUUCCCAAAAGAAUCAAGCAAUCAGAUAAUGGUAUAUCCAUUAUUGAUUGACAGGGGGAAAAACACACACAACCCAAAAGUUUUUAACAGCAGAUGUCUUAUUUCUGCAUUGAAGGUUUUGAGCUAAGUAGUUCCAUAGUUUCAAGUGGAAUAAAAAUUGUGUAUUUAUCUUAGC